AUGUCUCGGAAGAGCAAGAGAAUGCUUAUAUUGCCUGGAAUGAAUGCAGAAAUCAAAGACUACAUUGACAAAUGUGACGUGUGUCAUAUGUUUAGAACGCAGCAACAAAAGGAGACUUUGAUCACACAUGAGGUCCCAGUCAGACCAUGGGCCAAAGUUGGCAUUGACCAAUUCGUAUUUGAUGGAAAUGACUACCUGGUCACAGUAGAUUAUUUCUCCAACUUUUGGGAAGUAGACUACCUACCCAACACAGAGACAAAGACCAUCAUCAGAAAGCUCAAAGCUCACUUUGCCCGUCAUGGAAUGCCAGACAUUUGUAUUUCAGACAACGGACCACAGGAAGGAUCAGAGGAAUUUGAGAAAUUUAGCAAGGCUUGGAACUUUAAACACAUUACAUCAUCCCAAG